GAAAAUGAGACUCAUCAUAAUAAAUAUUUAUGUAUCCCAUUUUCCUCUUGGUGAGAGACUGUAUUUAAUAAUUUCUCGACAAAACAUUAAAAGGAUGAUGUGGAGGACUACAUUAACAAACAAGAAGCGACUACCCGCCUGCACCCGUUUCCCUCGUACAAGCACAUAUACAUAACACUCACAACGUCGUCUGCCAAAACCACAAGAAUCCAGAGCCCAAAACAAUCGAAUCAAAAUAUCACGCUCUACCCCAAAUAGCCUUGUCCGCCACCGCAGCUGCGAGGUCCUUCCUCCAUUCUACCUCCACCGCUGCCAGAAUGGCAUCCGCAUCGAAACCCGGAUCCAAACCAGCUUUUUCUUCAUUUCGCAUCUUCAAACAAGGCCCCUUCUCCCCUCAUAUUUUCAGGUCACCAGUGGAGAUGAGUUGCUGUGUAGAGACAAUGCUUCCAUACCACACUGCCACUUCCUCCGCAUUGCUUAAUUCAAUGCUCUCCGUUUCUCGCCGCAGCUAUGGCUGGACGCCUGAAGGGCAGCGCAAGCCUAGAAGAAGAUCAAGCGAUGAAAGAUGGAGAAUGCUAUUUUUGACUUUGAGUGGAUUAGGACUGUGUAUUUUCUAG